AUGGGCGAGUUGCUGUCCGUGCCAUGCGAUGCACAGGAGCUUCCGGAAGCGGACCGCCGUCGGCCAGUGGAGCGGCUGCCACAGCUGCCGCAGCUGCCGGGGAGGAGUGCACUCCCCGGGCUCGACAGCAACGCUGUCCUCCGGACCGAGGCCAAAGAAGUUCGCCCCCAUCCAUCCCGGGUUGUCCAGUUUGAGGGUUGA